AUGGCCUUGAACCCCGAGGACCCCUGUGGUGGGUUCCACCAUGCCGAGGUGGUGGCCUUCAUUAACAAGAAGAUGGCCAGGCACGCGAAAGGCCCUGAAUUCUACCUCGAGAACAUGUCCCUGCCCUGGCCAGAGGUGGAAGCUAAGCUCGCGGCCAUCCUGGAAGACAGCGAGAUGUCCAACGAGGUCAAGGAGGUCUGCGCCUGGGGCAGCCUGGCCCUGGGCAUGCGCUUCGCCCACAGGCAGAGCCAGUUACAGGGGCUCAGGGUGCAGUGGCUACAAGAAUUCUCCAAGCUGCACAGGUCGGCCGCCCAGACCCUAGCCUUAGACCUGAAGGAGAUCACUGUGCAGCAGGAACUGGAACACAAGAGGGUGGCCCUCCAGCUGCAGCUGCUCCAGGCCUCCCUAGCAGAUGUGCAGAUGGAGAGGGACCAGCUGAAGUGGAAGCUCCUCCAGGCAGUAAGAGCUCCUCCCAGUCCGGGUCCUUAUAUCCCCCACACCCCACAGCUUUUCCCUGCAGGCCCCGCCCCUAUUUUUAAGGCCCCUCCUCUUCCAUUCCCUAACUCCACCCCCCACCACUGCCUUUCAGCCCCUCCCUUUGCCCCAGAAUGGGUCUCAACUCUGCCCCCUUCUCUUCAGGAGAGGCUUCAACCCCUGGAGCCGGCUACAGGGUGGCCAAGCCUAUCUGCUGCCAGUGGAGCUGGGGCAAAAGGAGAAGGUGAGGAGGAAGAGAAGGCCAUGGUCACCGGAUGGUCAAGCCUAGCCACUAUGUGUGGGGUUGGGACAGAAGGAGAAGGUGAGGCGGAAGAAGAGGCAGGGGCUGCUGCUGCUACCAUUGCUGCUGGUGGCCCAGGAGGAGAGGAAGAGAGGGAUUCAGCAGAGGCUGCCGCUGCUGCUACAGAGGUGACACAUCAGCUGAGUGGAAGCUUCCUGCAGCUUCUUGGAGUUGUGGAGCCGAAAAAUUUCACCUCUGGAGGACAGACGGAGGGUGAACUCAGGUCAAUGGAGACAGCCAUCGAUCCCAGGCCCACAGCCUCGCAGGCACCCUUUCCUGUCCAAUUCUCUUCCUUAUUUACAUACCCAUACCCUUUGUCUGCAUUUCCAGACCUACCCAAAGCCAUACGAUCUCCACCAGCAGCAGUUCUGUCUCCCCAUUGGGGGGCCUCUAAUAAUAGCUUUUGGUCUGAUGUGGGGACCCAAGGAAUAGAUCCUCAGGAACCCCAAAGAGGUAGAAGAGACUCCAAACGCCAUUACAAGAAAAAGCCUCCAGUAGUGCGCAGACUGGGGGAUUGGGACUGCCCUUGGUGUAAAGCUGUGAAUUUUUCAUGGCGAGAAGAGUGUUUCCGCUGUGGGAGGGGAAUUUGGCUACAACACUCUUAA